UGCAGAGCUUCACUACAGCAAAGGUAGCUUCUGGUUACAAACUUUGGACCAAUCAGGAGGCGUCUUUCCUUCGGCUCAGCAGAGCAGCAGAAGUUGAACCUGGACCUCUUCAACCGAGAACCGACAACUCUCUGCUUUCAUAACCAGACUGACAAUGCUCCUUCACUUCCGCUGACACAUCCGAUAGCCAACCAGUUGUCAUUGAAGGAUCCGUUUCCGAGUAAUGACAAUGUUGGGUAUGUAUGUGCCAGACAGAUUCUCCCUCAAGUCGUCUCAGGUCCAGGAUGGAAUCGGUCUGUUCACGGCGAGGCGGGUGAAAAAGGGAGAAAAGUUUGGCCCUUUUGCAGGCGAGAAGAAGCUGCCCAGUGAGCUGGAUGAGAGCUCCGACAGCCGGCUCAUGUGGGAGGUCCGUGGCAGUAAAGGAGACGUGCUGUAUAUUCUGGAUGCUAGUAACCCUCGCCACGCCAACUGGCUGCGGUUCGUCCAUCAGGCGCCUUCGCAAGAGCAGAAGAACUUGGCGGCCAUACAGAACGAUACUGAAGGCGAUGUUUUUGCUCUUUUCCCGACUGACUUCGGCAACCACAGCGUCUCAGCUGAAAACAACGCUGCACCUCACUGCUCUUCUGUGUUCUGCAUUCAUCAAUAAACAAGAUGGAGAGAACAUCUUCUACCUGGCUGUGGACGACAUAGAGACGGACACGGAGCUUCUGAUUGGCUACCUGGACAGUGACAUGGAGGAAGAGGAGGAGGAAGAAGAGGAGGAGGUCAUCAAAGACGAUGAUGAAAACAGUAAAGAAGCUAAGCACCUUGUUGAAAUGGAACUAGUAAUAAAGAAGGAGGACCACCCCUGCCUGCUGUGUGAGAGCAGCUUCCCCAGCGAGGAGAUCCUGGCCGCCCACCUCCAGAGUCUCCACCAGAGGCCCAGCACGGAGGAGAAGGAGUUCAAAUGCAAAAACUGUGGCAAGAAGUUCCCCAUCAAACAGGCUCUGCAGCGCCAUGUUUUGCAUUGUUCUGAGUCACUGGACCCGUCAGGUGACUCUAAAGCGCACCAGUGCUCCCUCUGCCACAACACCUUCAGCUCAAUAUCCAGUUUUGAGCAGCAUAAGGAGGCCUGUAGAGGAGACGCCAGGUUCAUCUGUAAAGCCGAGAGCUGCGGCAAAAGAUUCAAGAGCAAGGACGCUCUGAAGAAGCAUAAAGGAAAUGUUCACACAGGGAGCGCACGUCGGAAACUCACGUGCACCAUAUGCAACAGAAAAUGCUCCUCCUCUCUGAAUCUACAAGAACACAGGAAGGUGCAUGAAAUACUUGACUGCCACGCGUGUGACAAGAAGUUCAUUUCCACAAAUCAGCUAAAACGUCACAUGAUAACACACUCGGAGAAGCGACCGUAUACCUGCGAGAUCUGCAGCCGCUCGUUCAAGCGCCUGGACCAGGUGACGGCUCACAAGAUCAUCCACAGCGAGGACAAGCCGUACAAGUGUAAGCUGUGUGGGAAAGAGUUCGCCCACCGCAACGUCUACAAGAACCACAAGAAGACCCACUCGGAGGAGAGACCCUUCCAGUGUGAGGAGUGCAAAGCUCUGUUCCGCACCCCCUUCUCUCUGCAGCGCCACUUACUCAUCCACAACAGUGAGAGGACAUUCAAGUGUGACCAGUGCGACGCCACCUUCAAGAGGAAGGACACGCUCAACGUCCACAUCCAGGUGGUGCACGACGGCCAUAAGAAGUAUAAGUGCGACCUGUGUGAGAAGGCCUUUGUCACGCCGUCGGUCCUCAAGAGCCACAAGAAGACGCACACGGGGGAGAAGGAGAAGAUCUGCCCGUACUGCGGACAGAAGUUCGCCAGCAACGGCACGCUGAGGGUCCACAUCCGCAGCCAUACAGGUGAGCGUCCAUACCAGUGUCCCUACUGUGACAAAGCCUUCAGCAAGAACGACGGCCUGAAGAUGCACAUCCGCACGCACACUCGAGAGAAGCCGUAUAAAUGCAGCGAGUGCAAUAAAGCCUUCAGCCAGAAACGAGGGCUGGAUGAGCACAUGAGGACGCACACGGGAGAGAAACCUUUCCAAUGUGACGUGUGUGACCUGUCGUUCAGCUUGAAGAAGAUGCUCAGCAGGCACAAGCUCACACACAACCCGAACCGGCCCAUGGCGGAGUGCCAGCUGUGCCACAAGAAGUUCACCAGGAACGACUACCUCAAAGUACACAUGGAGAACGUCCACGGGGAGACGGAGAGCUAGAGCCACCAUCAUUAUUAUUAUUAUUAUUAUUAUGAACCACUGGCUGAGGAAUGAUAUCUGAUUCCUCAGAUAAAGUUCAGCCUCAUGCUUCAUGCAGCCAGUAUGGCCUGUACAUACUGUACACACAGAUAGAUAGAUAGCAGAGAUGUUGUUAUUAAAGAUACGUACAUGUAGAAUAAGGAAAACGUUCUAGUCUGUGUGACUUCUAACCAGUGUUACUGUUCAUACUGUUACAGCCUGACCUCCUCCACUGGAGCAUCUACUGACCAACUGUCUCAACACAUUACUGUACAUCAUGUGUCAAACAACACCUGUGACCAAAGACCUUUUUGUUUUACCUGUACGCUCUCUCCAUGUUUACACCUGCUCUGUGGCGCUGAAGCAUGUUUAAUAUUUAGACUCUUGUUGCUGUUAAGCCCCAGAGCACACUUCAAAAACCAUGUUGCUCCGUUUACUAUUUCAAAAUAAAAGUAUUAGAACAGGAUGUUUGAGCAGGAGAUCAAUGUGAAGACAGUAAUGCUCACCAGCUACAGAAUCUGAAACAGCUCACCAGUGAGAGUUUGUAUUUACAGGACGGCCCAGAGAGUAUAAACACGCCGUCCUCGCUCUUUCAUGCUCCUUCUUCAGAUCUACUCGGGUUUUAAAACGUUAUGAAUGGCCCCAAGAGAACUUUCUGUUGUACGAUGGGAUGGCUCAUAGAAGUAGAAUAGCAGUAGAACGGACAGUGAACUGCUUUCUGUGGUCAUUUUUAGUUGUCAUGGUGACACCACACGUCAGUUGAGCUGUCAAGUGUGAUCCACAGCCUCCGUCCUUUCCACGCUUCCCAUUCAUUGUCUAUGUAAGCAGCCGUGCAAUGCAUUCUGGUCGUGUGGCAACGCGAUUCAAGAGACGGGGCGUCACGUUGGCCACUCCUCAUUUGCAUAAAGUGCUAGUCUAGAGUCUAGACUACUUCAUGCAAAUCAUCGCCGCCUCUGGAAACUCCCUAGAAACUUUUAAACUAACCGUUGUCGAUCUAAAAUAAAGACAGAUUUCAGCGAUUGCUCACGCCUCCAAUGUUUUCAGAAUCACAUUUCCGUGAACUUUUUUUCGUAAUAUGAGAGAGGAAAGUUUCCAAACGAGUCGCCAUGUUGGUUCUGGUUUGAAAGCUGGGCGCAUCAGCCAAGCCCCCGAGGAAGAGCGCCGGUUGUCGAUCCCAACUUUCGUAGUGGCCGAACAGCGGUACUGCAACUUCCGUGUCCGUCACAUGAUGCCAUUGGGCCCAAAAGACUUUUUCCCAUAGACUUACAUUGGGAAAGAG